AUGUUUUACAUUUCGCAAAGAGACUUAGAGAUGCAGUACAAGAUGAAUAGAGUUGUCGCGCAGUGUCGUCAGAAAUGCGAGGGUAUGCAAGCAAAGUUUAGCGAGAAAAUGGAGCAGGUGCAUACAGCAUACCAGAAGAUGGGCAAGAGGUGUCAGAUGAUGGAGCAAGAGGUAGAAAACUUGACCAAGGAUAAACAAGAGCUCCAAGAGAAGUUCUCCGAGAAAUCAAGACAGAAGAGGAAGCUCGAUGAGAUGUAUGACCAGCUAAGAAGUGAAUACGAGUCAUGUAAACGUACAGCCAUCCAACCAGCAAACAAUUUCUACCCACGACACCACGAACCUGACUUUUUCUCAAACCCACCAGUUAACAUGAUGGAGAACAGAGAGCCCCCUCGCAAAGACCGGUCGUUUUACUCUCCUGCAACACCAGGACCUAAAGAUGAGAUUUGGCCAGCAAGACAGAACAGUUCAAACUCAGGUCCAUUCGACAUCUCCAACGACUCACCCGCAAUUCCAACAGACCUUGGAAACAGAAGAGCAGGAGGAGGAGGACAUCCUGUAUUUGGCGGUGGUGGUGGCGCUGCUAAUCCCCAGUCAACUCUACGAAACCUUAUUCUCUCCCCUAUUAAACGCUCUCAGCUCUCUCGUUCCCGCCCUCAACUGUUCACGCUAUAG